UCUGGAAGUCGGAGGAACAGCCAGUCAAAGCCAGCCAGCAUCUGAGCCCACCGUAAGAACGGGAGCAACGGUGGACGAAGGAAGGGUCGGCGGUGUUGGAAUAUAAUUGCAAUAUUCACAAGCACAGACGGUGCUUGUGCAACGGAAUAGUCGUCGACAUGCAAGCGAAGGUCUUCCAUGUUGGCUCUGGAAGCUGAAGCAUAUUGCAGACCGGGCACAUUACGGUGGGAUAAGCCAUCUGUGAUACACUGGGUGUGCACAGCGCAAUAACGGUGCGAGCCAACCGGUUAUUGCAUCGACAGCGAGCUCGCAUUAACCCAGCCAACCAUUUUCCAGAGCCCCGUUAGCUUGCGGAAAAGGGAACAUCUUGAUCGGUGGGCGCUGCAAAGGGGAGUCCUGCGUCUUGCGGUACCCAAACAGUAAGAUACAAAUAAGAGGCAUGCAAAGAGGAGUGUUUUUCUGGAGGAAAUCUCCACGCCCUGGGUGCUGUUCUGUGGUUAGCUAGCUCGCUGGCUAGCUAGCCUACCGGGAGCUGAAGAGAAGGUGGGGCCGCGGAGUGACAGCCAAGCGAAUGUGGCUAGCCGGCUAACUCGGACACUAGAGUGGUUACUUUGUGUUCCUGUCGCUGACAUUUGGUGCUUUACAUUGCCAGGAUUGUGCUGUUUGGGACAGUAAAACCCCACAAUUGCAUCCUCUAAAAUCCGUGUGGGUGGGCUAUCUUGAGGAGAGCAUCCUCACUUACCUAUAUGACCAUGGCGGACGACGACGUGCUGUUCGAGGAUGUCUACGAGCUGUGUGAGGUGAUUGGCAAGGGUCCCUUCAGCGUGGUGAGGCGCUGCAUCAACAGGGACACGGGCCAGCAGUUUGCUGUAAAGAUCGUGGAUGUGGCCAGCUUCACCUCCAGCCCAGGCCUCAGCACAGAAGAUCUGAAGCGAGAGGCCAGUAUCUGCCACAUGCUGAAGCACCCGCACAUCGUGGAGCUGCUGGAGACCUACAGCUCUGACGGCAUGCUCUACAUGGUCUUUGAAUAG